UCCAGAAACAGACCAAAAUGGUGAGGACUCGAGCUGACGCUGGACCAACCAAGGUGUCUGCGGCCAAAGCACCAAGGAAGGUGUUGAGUGCCCCCAGUGGAGGUGCAGGAAGCUCCUUCUCAUCACCUGGAAGAGUCAGCGGCAAAGAGAAAUACUCUGGAGGUAACAGUUACAACCCACAGCCCACACCAGAAUGGCAGAAGGGAAUUGGGAGCUUCUUCAAAUGUAUUCCCAAACCCCAGGAAGGAGAAGGCAGCAGUAGCAGUUCCUCAGAAAGAAAGGAAACCAAGCCAGAAGCUGAGGCAGGGGAAGGUUCAUCAAAUUUCACCAAGAAUGGAAUGAUUUCAGAUGAGGAUGAUGAAUAAGUUCAGAACGAAAUCUCUAUGAUAAUUUCAAAUAGCUUAAGUUCUGUGUGUAAUAAGAACUUGAACAUUUGUCAUGAACAAACAUUGAUACACAAAUGUUUUAUGUUUUUAAGGAAGACACAUAAAUGACUGAUAAUUGUCCUUAAAAAAGACUGUUGGUCUAUAUAUUCACAUGAGCGCAAUCUCAGUUGUUCAUAAAAAAAAUA